AUGAUCCCUACACCUAGAGAAGUCAACGACGCACCUCAAACGAUCCCUGCACCUACUGUCAACGACGCACCUCAAUGGACCAUCACGAAGAAACUGGUUAGGAACGAUAUUAACCCUGUCAACAACAGCCUUAUUCUGCAAGAAAGCUCCGUUGAUGAGCACAUUCGAAGACAUAUACCUGUAGCAGAAUUCAAAAGGAUAGUAACUGAAUCUGGAAUCAUUGUUGACGUAUUUGACUAUGACUUGAGAACAAUGCAUAAGCUGCGCCCACGUCUGGGAAAAAGUAGAAACUAUGCUUUAACGGAUGGAUGGGUGGGAGAUUUUGUCCGAAGGAGAAACUUGAGGAUGAAUGACGAGAUUGGAUUUUUAUGGGAGGAUUCUUGUGCUUCUAGGCUUGUAUUUGGCGUCAUUUCUCGUUCAACGGCACAAAAGAAACCAAGGCCUAAUCAAGAACGCAUAUACUAA